AUGCCGGACGCCCAAAGCUCUCCUCACUCCGACAUCCUCACGAUACAUGACCUGGCCAAGGAAGCUGAAAAAGCACUUCCUUGGGCCCAUGCUCAGUACUAUAAUGGAGGUGCCGGAGAUAUGCUGCGCGACAACGAAGAUGUAUAUAACCGGUAUAAGUUGCGUCCCCGGGUUUUGAGGAAUGUGAAAGAAGUCGACAUGAGCUCUGAGAUAUUUGGCGUCAAGGUCCCGUCCCCCCUUGGCUUCUCCCCGACUGCCGCCCAUAAGCUCGCCACGCCGGCGGGUGAAAUCGCAACUUCCCGAGCGGCUGCAAAGAAUGGAAUACCAAUGUGUUUAUCUACCUGGUCAACGACCCCAUUGGAGGACGUGAUUGCACAAGGGACCGGGAACCCCUACGCUAUGCAGGUAUCGUUUUUCGCGGAUCUUGUAGUAACAGAGCGAAUUAUUAGAAAGGCCGAGAAGGCUGGCUACAAGGCUCUGUUUGUGAGCGUUGACCUUCCGGUCUUGGGCAAUCGAGUCAGCGAGGCACGGAUGAAGUUCUCAUUUCCGUCCCACCUCAGUUUCCCCAACAUUCAAGAAAAAGACGGUGAUCUCAUGGCCAUAUACGGCGCUGGCUAUGAUCCCUCGAUUCAUUGGGAGAAGUCAAUUGCGUGGCUCCGGAACAACACAAAAAUGCAAAUCUGGCUCAAAGGAAUCGUGACGCCGGAGGACGUUCAACUCGCCAUUGAUUACGGCCUCGAUGGCGUGGUGAUAUCCAACCAUGGAGGCCGACAGCUUGAUGGACAACCGUCGACGCUCGAUGCGUUGCGCGAGUGCGGACCUGUGGCCCGCGGAAAGAUUCCACUUGCGGUUGACGGUGGCAUUCGACGCGGAGCCGAUAUGUUCAAAGCCAUUGCUAUGGGAGCGAGCAUGUGCUUCGUGGGACGUAUUCAGAUCUGGGGACUAGCGUAUGCUGGAGAGUCUGGCGUCAAGCACGCCAUUAAGAUUAUUCUUCAAGAAUUCAAGCACACUAUGAUGUUUAUGGGAUGUCGGACUAUUGCUGAUAUCACGCCUCAACACCUAUCGGUUCUUCAUGAGAACGGUAUUUUGUCCAAGCUAUGA